AUGGCAGCAACCCACUUUUCCUCCAUAGAAAUAACCUCCGUGGUCUUCCUCGCAAUCUUCGCCAUCCUCUUCAUCCCCUCAGUCUACAUCUGGAUCACCUACCUACGCGCGGGUUACCACUGGCGCUACGGUUUCUGGGGAGCCUUCAUCCUCUGUUCCGCCCGUCUCGCCUGUUUCAUCGCCGAACUCGUCUUCUAUUCCUCGAAUUACACAAACACCUCUGCCGCGAUCGCAUACAUCGUCACAUUAUCCAUCGGAUAUAUCGGAUUACUAGAAACCGAGUCAGCGUUGUUUGUUAGUUGGGCGGAAAGUCAUAUCGAGUUUAACCCCACGCAACAACAGUUCCAUGGGAAGAUUCGGUUGUUGAAUAUUGUGGGUCUUGGGUUGGUGGUUUAUGGUAGUAGUAAUAUUGAUAGUCGGGGCCAUGUGGAGGAUUCGGCUUUGGCGUGUAUUCAGGCUGGAACUAUUAUAUUUUUGGUGUUGACGGUUAUUCAGUCUGCUUAUGUGGCGUUUGGGUGGAUAAUGUAUCAGAGGAAGAGUAAUACUCUAGCAAUCCUAUCGGUAACAAUGCUAGCCCUCUACGUCCGUAUCAUCUUCGGUGUCUACUCGACUUUCCACCGAGAGGUAUCAAUGAUCACUUUCAGGGAUUCGAACGUCAAGUACCUCGUCGGGUGUACUUUAGUGCCGGAGACGAUUGCUUUGAUACUUUUGAUUCUGUUGGGGUUUAUUAAUAUUCGGAGUAAGAAUUUUAAAACACUGCCACCUAAGAGGCGCGGGGAUGCGCCGGAGGCUUAUGAUGUUGAUGGGUUGGCGUUGGAGGCGAGGAAGCAAGGGCAGGUUACUGGGGAGAGGGUUUAG